AUGGGUGGGAGAGCCCUCACUGACUCCUGUCUGUGCCAGUGUGCCAACCUGCCAGGGGUGAAGGUGCUGCGCUCCAACGCAGAGGGAGUGUCCCUGAAAGGCUGCAACUCUGAGGACCCCUCAGGCCUUCAAGCUAAUCUGGAAGGUGCCAACCUGAAAGGAGUGGCCAUGGAGGGCAGUCAGAUGACAGGAAUUAACCUCUGAGUUGCAACGCUGAGAAACGCCAAACUAAAGAACUGUAACCUCAGGGGAGCAACGUUGGCAGGAACUGAUUUGGAAAAUUGGGACCUAUCAGGUUGUGACCUCCAGGAAGCCAAUUUGAGGGGCUCUGAUGUGAAAGGAGCCGUCUUUGAAGAGAUGCUGACCCCCUGCACACGUCCCAGAGCAUCAGAUAGGGAAGAGAAGACGUCAAAGAGGAAGGAAUCCAAACAUGUGUUGUGACUUUCUUCACCUCCUCCCCUUCCUGAGUUAGAAGGAAUGGUUAUUAGACAACUUCCAUUUGCA